AUACCAAUGGAAGGGUAAUCUCUCCUUUCUCAAAGAAACGUAGCUCUAACCAAAAUGGAGAUAGUCCAGAAAAGCUGGAAGAGCAAAAAAGUCGUUCCUUCUUGUCUCUUAGUAGACUGAUUGAGAAGGAGAAGGUCAAACUUUCUUCACCAAGCGAUGAGCAUUUUUAAAGCAAAUAAACCCGUAGUAAUAGAUUUUGAGGUGCUUAGUUCUCCACUAAAACGGUACAAGAAGGCUACUAAGCAAAACAACAGCAAAUAAACACCUAAAAAUUGAACUAACAAAGAAGAUGAAAUCGAUCUUUGAAAAGAUGAAACAGAAAGAUAAAGAGAUCAGUAUUUCUAGCAGUUACUUCAAGCAGCAGAUAGAAAAGAACCUGAGUAAGGCAAAGUUUUACCGAGAGAAAUCGCCGAUUUCGAUAUAAAAAUGUUCAACCCAGGUCUUGGCAGAAAGAAAAAAAAAUCAUGUAAAUAAAUCAAGAGGAUUUUCCAUAAACUGUUCCAGACUUGACUUGACUCCAAUGUGCUACUCUGACCUCAAGAUGAUGUCUCCCAUUAAGAAGGUAUUCAAGAGAAGGAAAAGAUCUGUUAAGACAAGGAAACAAAUUAGGAAGUAUCGCUAUUCCAAGUAUAUUGACGAUAAAGAAGGAAAGAAAGAUCAAGCUACUGGAAUUGAUGAACUUUGGCAAUAUAACUGAGAAAAGGAGGAAGAUAAUAUCAAUAGUUCAUCUGGCUCUUCGGAGACACUGGAGUUGCAAGCAAAGUAUGGCAUCAUGGAGAUUAAAGAAGGGAUAAAGAAGGUAAAAUCUAAGUCUAGAAGUAACCUCAGAAAUGAAAUAAUAAGCAAAAAUUACAGUUCUUUCUUAAAGUUAAAAUAAUCGGGUUGGCAAUGAUCCAAAGAAAAUCAUAAAGAAGCCGAAACAACUUCAGCAAAAUAAACAAAAGACGAAAAAGAUCGUGAAUAACAGAAUGCCUCUUCAGAUGGUCAACGCCUCGAUUGCCUUUGAUAUUCCUUUAAAUUACAAGCAGGAAAAUAUUAGAUCAUCAGCCUCUUUAAACAGGAAUCAUCAGCUUGGCCGUGAUUACUCUUGAAGCAAUGCUUUGUCCCCUUUCAAGAGGCUAUAUGCUCUAAACUAUAAAUUAUAGUUUA